AGACAGGCCAGGACAGUAGCUUACGAACCGGCGGGUUGAGAAGACACGUCGGCCGACUAUAUUAUUUUACGAAAUACGUAUUUCUUUAUAGUUAAACCUUGAAAAACUGCACUUAAACAAAAAAUAUAUCCGAGCCAGACAUUCGUCGCUCGAGUCGGAGACAGUAAAAGUUUUUAAACCAAGAUGCGGAUGAUAAUUCUGGAAGACGCGGCGAAGGUCUCGGACUGGGCGGCGCGGUUCGUGCUGCAGCGCGUCACACAGUUCGCGCCGGGGCCCGGCAGACACUUCGUGCUGGGGCUCCCCACCGGCGGGACCCCGCUGGGAAUGUACCGCAGGCUCAUAGACUUCUACAAGGAGGGCCGUAUUUCCUUCAAAUAUGUCACCACUUUCAAUAUGGACGAGUAUGUUGGUCUCCCGCGGGAGCACCCCGAGUCGUACCACUACUACAUGUGGAACGAGUUCUUCAAGCACGUGGACAUCGACCCCGCGAACGCGCAUGUGCUGGACGGCAACGCGCCCGACCUGGUGGCGGAGUGCCAGCGCUUCGAGGACCUGAUCGCGGCGGCCGGCGGGGUUCACUUGUUUAUAGGCGGCAUCGGCCCGGACGGACACAUCGCCUUCAACGAGCCGGGCUCCUCGCUCGUGUCCCGCACCAGGGUCAAGUCUCUGGCCUACGACACGCUGGAGGCCAACAAGAGGUUCUUCGGGAACGACCUGAGCAAAGUGCCCAAGCAGGCGCUGACGGUCGGCGUUGGCACCGUCAUGGAUGCUAAAGAGGUGAUGAUCCUCAUCACGGGCGCCCACAAGGCCCUAGCGCUGGCGAAGGCGGUGGAGGAGGGCGUCAACCACAUGUGGACGGUGUCCGCCUUCCAGCAGCAUGCGCAGGCGCUGUUCAUCUGCGACGAGGACGCCACGCUGGAGCUGCGCGUCAAGACUGUCAAGUACUUCAAGGCGCUGAGCUGCGAGCAUCAGAAGCUGAUCGGGGAGACGCCGGUGGAGGAGCAGCGGAUCAUCCACUAGCAACCCCCGGCUCCGACUGCCUGAAGCCUCAUGGAGGAACACAACAAGUUGCUGGAGAUCCGUCGGUGAGCCGCCCCCCGCCCCCCGCCACCCCCGACACUCCACGGGGGACUGACACCAUGUGUAUAUACAACUAGGUCUAACUUCCAAUCGAAUUUGUUCUGUUAAACAAAUUUUUAUUUUAGUACAUUUUUCUUGUAAAGAAUAUCAAUUUUAGGUAAAAAACAGUUGUAUUAGAUAAGUGUAAAACACUUUAAGCGAUAUUAACACUAAAAUUAUAGAUUUAUAUAUUGAUAUUUUUUUACCAAUCAGUGAAAAGGCUGUACAAAAGCACAUACAUGUCUCAUGGAACAUGUUUGAUUGGAAUAAAGAUAUUAUGUUAAGAAAAAAAAUGUUAUCAAUAUUAUUAAAAAUAAA